UGAGGCCCAGGGCGCGGCCCCCUCUGCCCCGCAGCCCUCGCGUCCAGCGCUGGCCAGCGACCCCGCCCGGCCGACACCGCGCGCCGCAAGGCGCCCUGUCAAUGAAGUCGGGAGCCGGCGCCCUGCUCCUGGCCGUGUGGCUCGCCGCCGCGAGGACGGCGGCUGGCGCAGACGCCCUCGACGGCCUAAGCCCCGUGACGCGCGUGGUUGAGCUGCUCAAGGACCUUCAGAAGCUGUGCGAGGAAAAUCUGGACGCCGAGACCACGGCAUUCGAGAAGUUCAAGUGCUGGGCCACGACCACCGUGAGCGUCAAGACGGCCUCGAACGAGAAGGCCGAGGCGCGGUUGGAGUCCCUGGAGCAGUACAUCGCCGACCUGGAGGCGGGCCGCAUCGAGCUGACCAGCGAGCGCUCGGACCUGGAGAAGGAGAUCGCGGGCCUGACGGCGGACCUGGAGAACGCCGAGGCCCUGCGCGACAGGGAGCACGAGGACUUCCUCGCCGCGGAGGAGGAGACGAAGAAGGCCAUCGCGGCGGUGGAGGAGGCCGUUGGGGUCCUGGAGGAGGCGCAGCCCGGCGGCGGCUCGUUCCUCACCGUGGACAGGAAGGCCGGCGCCGGGCGGCUCCGCUCGGGCGCGGCGGACUUCGACAAGCUGAUGCGCGCCGUCGACUUCGGCAAGCGGUUCCUGUCGAGGGGCGACGCGGUCUUCCUCGAGAGGGUCCUGACGGGCGACGUGCCGGAGUGGGACUGGAAGAAGCUCAACCGGAAGGCCGAGUUCAAGAUGAGCUACACGACGCGCACGGCGAAAAUCGUGCAGGUGCUGAAGAACAUUAAGUUCACCUUCGCCCAGACGCUGAACGACAUGGUCAAGAAGGAGGAGGCGGCCGUGGAGACCUACGAGAAGCUGAAGGAGUCCAAGACGGGGCAGAAGGACGCGGCCGAGGAGGCUCUGGGCAAGAUGGAGCUGGAAGGCGCGGCCCGCGGCCAGACGAAGUCCGAGGCCCAGAGCGAGGUCGACGAUCUGAAGACCCAGAUGGAGAACGACGAGAAGUUCAUCGGCCAGGCCAAGGCCGAACUGAAGGAGAAGGAGGACGAGUGGGUGGAGCGCAAGAAGAUCCGCAUGGACGAGAUCAGCGCCAUCAGCGAGGCCAUCCGUGUGCUUCACAGCGACGACGCGCGCGGGGUCGGCGGACCUCUUCAAGCGGUCGCUGUCGUCGCAGGGCUACGUCCAGGUCUCGUCCCAAGGGUUCCAGUUCGUGCAGGCCUCCCAGUCCCGGGCCCGCGCCCACGAGCUGCUCGCCUCCGCGCCGCGCCGCGCGUCCACCGCGGUCCGCCGCGCCGCGGCCCGCGCUGGCGGGGACCCGCGGCUCCUGGCGCUCGCCGAGCGGACCCCGGCGGGCGACGGCGUCGUG